AUGGAAGUCGCCAACCAGAAUACCCUUGCCAGGGUCGAUGCGGUGCAGCAGGACUGCGAAACCCGGAUCUCCUCAAUGUGUGCGGAGCUUUCCUCAAUGCAGUUCGAUCUCGGCACCACUGUCAGCCUCGUCAAUGGCCUGACCAGCCUGGUGGAGAAGCUUCGGGAGGCACAGACUGUUGCCCACCCAUCCUUCCCACCACCGACGAUGAGCAAUUUCGGUGCUACCUCGGCCACCCCACAGAUGCAAGCGAUGGGCAUCAGGUACUUGAACAGUGUGUACGGCCCUUCGGUUGCUACCUCGGCAUCUGCUGCAGGCCCUUCGGCGACUCGCCCUUUUGGUCGCCUUAACAUGCAUGGCGACACAUUCACAUCUGGCCAAGCAUCCUCGGUGUCAGCACAUGCCGGCCCUUCAUCCACUCCUGCUGUAGUUGGACCCUGUUCUGCUGGAACAUCACCUGCUUCGGCCGCAAGAGCCCAUUCAGUCACAUACCCUGUAUAA